AUGGGGGACCAGCAGACGCCCCUGACGAGUUCGCUUCAGCCACCUGUGGGCUCACCGUGGACGGGAGUGUCCACCUCAUCCGCCGGGUCGUCUUCGUACGGCACACCUCUCUCUGGCGGCACAAUUGGAGUGGGGAUGACGCCGUCUGUGCUGCCGCCAGCGCCCAAGUCGCCAGCACCGCUCGAGGUGUCUACCAUCCUUCCCUCGUUCCUGUUCCUCGGACCUGAGAUCACGACCCGAAAAGAUGUGGACGCUCUGUUAUCUGACCUCGGCAUCCAUGUUCCCAGGCAAGGUCAACAUCUAAUCUGA